AUGGGAAUAGAAGAAACCCUCCCCAAUGACGACGACGUCGAAAAGGCACAGGCACCACCUGUCGUCCCUCAGCGCAUAACCUUUCGCGACGACAACAAAAAGGACCAUGUCGACAAAACCUCCACGGGUUAUGCGCAGCGGCCGCACAGCCGAGCUUCAAUCUCAAGCUCGCGGCCUCAGUCUCGGUCCCAGUCUCGGUCUCGCAGCCGUGCUCGGUCAAUCUCGGAAAUGUCGAUUGAGUUUCGGCGGAUGAGUUUCCAGGUUGAAGACUCCAAACGUGGUGAGUAUAUCAGUGUUGACAGUAGCAACGAGUCAACAAAUGAUACUACUGCUGCUGGUGGUGGUGGUAAAAAAGUCGAAGACGAUUCUGGCGGCUCCUUUGACAACGUCAGCUUCCACACUCUCCCCGCCGAAAUACUCUGCAACCAGCUCGACGCCAACCCGGACAAUGGACUAUCCUCGACAGAAGCCGGCGCUCGUCUUGCCCGCGAUGGAGCCAACACACUACCCCGUCCCCGGCAAAACUACAUCGUCAAACUACUCAAGUACAUCUUUGGCGGAUUCUGCUCUGUGCUCUGGGUCGGAGUGAUCAUUUUUUUCAUUUGUUGGCGGCCUCUCGGCGACCCAGACCCAGACCCGUACAACCUGGGACUGGCGGUGCUCGUACUCAUUGUUAUUUUUCUGCAGGCUUCCUUUUCAGCCUUUCAGGACUGGUCGACGGCACAAACCAUGAAGGCGAUUCUCGAUUUGCUGCCGGCCGAAGCGGUAGUCAUACGGGACAAUGGCCAGACAGCCUCUCUCAAAGCAACCGGGCUUGUCGUUGGCGACAUUGUCAAAGUCAGCAUUGGAAACAAAGUGCCCGCGGACCUGCGCCUGCUCAGCACAUCCAGCGACGUACGUUUCGACCGGUCCAUGCUCACCGGCGAAUCCGAGGAAGUCGAAGGCGUAACAGCGGCAACAAGUCACAAUUUCCUCGAAACACGCAACAUUGCUCUCAUGGGCAGCAUGGUCACCAACGGUAGUGCCACUGGUGUUGUGAUUUUGACGGGGGCCAGAUCUGUCAUGGGCCAUAUUGCGCUGACCACGACCUCGGUCAAGCCGCAACCCACGCUGAUCCAGCGAGAGAUUAGCCGGUUUGUGCUGAUUAUUGUGUGUUUGACGGUGGUUCUUGCUGCGUUAUUGCUGUUUACCUGGGCGGGUUGGUUGAGGGUUAAACAUGCAGCGUUUAUGGAUGUCAUUGCCAUGCUCGACGAUGUCAUGGGCUGUGUAGUUGCCUUUAUACCAGAGGGCAUGCCCGUAGGCGUUGCGCUGACGCUGAUGAUGGUUGCUCGGCGUAUGAAAGCGCACAAUAUCCUGCCCAAGGGUCUUUCGACGGUGGAAACACUGGGGUGUGUGAAUGUGAUUUGUUCGGAUAAGACGGGCACAUUGACAGAAAACCGGAUGGCGGUUGUCACGGCCGCAUUUGUCGACGAGACCAUGCCUGUCAGCGCUGCUACACAGCUUCUGGAAAAGGACAACAGCCCGGCGGCGUUGAGGCAGCUGCACACUGCUGCUGCACUCUGCAACGACGGCACGUUCGAUGCAUCAACCUUGGACCAGCCGGUGAUGGAACGACUAGUGCACGGAAACGCAACAGACGGCGCCAUGUUGAAAUUCGUCGAGUCUGUACAGGCAGAAUCGUCAAGCUCGUUGAAAGCUGCCAACCGCGAAAUCUUUCAGAUUCCGUUCAACUCGACCAACAAAUGGAUGCUCACUCUACACGAAAUCAAACCGAGCACAACCGAGUUCCUGAUGAUCAUCAAGGGCGCCUCUGACAUUCUCCUACCACGCUGCACGCAGUACUGGUCGUACAAAACCAACUCCAUCCACCCUUUAGACAUGUCCGUCACGGGCCAGCUGGUUUCUCAGCAGCAGCAGCAAAUGUCGCGCAACGCCGAGCGCGUGCUGAUGCUCUGCCAGCGGACCAUCACGCCCAAGCAACAGCUGGGAUCCAACGCCUUUAGCGACGAGAUCCAGAGCGCCGCAAUGUCUGACCUGUGUCUGAUCGGCCUGCUCGGCAUCGUCGAUCCGCCACGCAGCGAGACUGCUGCCACAGUCGCAGCGUGUCGGCGCGCCGGCGUGCGCUUUCUCAUGGUCACUGGCGAUUUGGGAGCCACUGGCGCCGCGAUUGCGCGAGACGUGGGCAUUUUCAGCAGCGGCGCUAGGGAGCCAGAUACAUUUGAUACGAUUGUCAAGCGACGGCUGCAAGGUAAUAACAAUAGCGAGCUGGAGAAGAAUAGCGAGAGCAGCGAGAGCCUCGUCCUCGAAGGCCCAGCGAUAUCACAACUCACCGCCGCCGACUGGGAUAUUGUAUGCCGCUACCGCGAAAUCGUGUUUGGCCGCACGCUGCCUGAGCAAAAGUUACGCAUUGUCAACGAAUUCCGCGCACGCGACGACAACGUCGUAGCCGUGACCGGCGACGGCGUCAACGACGCGCCAGCCAUGCGUGCUGCAGAUGUCGGAAUCGCGGUGGCCUCUGGCAGCGACGUGGCGCUCGAAGCCGCCGAUUUGGUGCUGCUCGAUAACCAGCUGUCGUCCAUUAUCGACGCAAUCCGGCUGGGUCGGCUGGUGUUUCAAAACCUGCAGAAAGUGAUUAGCUACCUGCUACCAGCCGGAUCCUGGUCUGAGAUCUGGCCAGUGAUACUCAACGUGUUUUUCGGUGUGCCAUUGCCGCUUUCAUCCUUUUUGAUGAUUAUCAUCUGCGUCUUCACCGACCUGUUCCUGGCCCUGGCUCUCAUCACCGAGCGCGAGGAAUUCGACCUUCUCGCGCUGCCACCACGCAAUGUCAAGCGCGACAGACUCAUCACGCUGAAAAUCUAUAUCCAGAGUUACUUGUUCAUGGGCGUCAUGCAGACUGUCUGCGCCCACGCCAUGUUUUUCCUGUACUUCUGGCGCCACGCGCACAUCCCCUUCCACGCACUGGUGUUCGCCUACGAGGGCUAUUCAGACGGGUUUUAUGGGUAUACCGCCGAUGAACUCGCGCAUUUCAACACCGCUGGCCAGAGCGUGUAUUUCAUCACGCUGGUGUUCCUGCAAUGGGGCAAUAUUCUGAGCGUGCGCAACAAGCGACUCUCCAUCGUGCAGGCGGAUCCCUUUUUUUCCAAGGAGCGCAGGAAUCUGUGGUUGUUGGCUGGCGCGGCGGUGAGUUUGGCUAUUGCGGUGUUUGUGACGGAGGAGCCUGGUAUUCAGCGCAUCUUUGGAACGGCGUCGGCGCCCAUUGAGUUUUGGUUUUUGCCGUUGCCGCUGGCAGUGGGUGUGUUGUGUAUGGAUGAGAUUAGGAAGCUGGUGGUGAGAAUGUGGCCGGGGGGACCGGUGGCGAGGAUUGCUUGGUAG